AUGUAUAUCAAUACAUGGGAUUCAAAUAAUGAAAUUCAAAUAAUGAAAUUAAAAUACAUUUUUAACAAUUAUAAAUUUUAUGAAAAGCAUUUAGAUAAAUUUAUAGGAUAUUUUAAUUAUUGGAAUAUUGUAAAUAAUGGUUUGAAAUGUGCUAAUCUUAAGUAUAUGCAUAAAUUUUAUAAGUUAGCUAAUCAUAUAUGUAAUACAAUUGUAAAUUAUAAAAUAAACAGUGCCAAAAGUAAGACCCUUAUUCAGAAUUCUACCAAUUAUCUUAAUCAAUAUAUAUCCCUUUAUGGAAAGAUUUCUGAAUGUACCAAUCAAGGAAAUUCAGAUGGUGGGUCGAAUGUUGGAUCAGAAGGUUCAAAUGGUGAGGUAGGAUAUGCAGAUAAGGGUAGUUUUUUAAAUAAUAUUAUUAAUAAUGUAAGUAUCGGUUCUAAAAAAAUAGAAAUAUCUUCUAAUUUAGACGAUAAAAAACCUGAAUCAAAAGAUACAAGAGACGGAUUACCCACACCUGAUGACUCACUACCGCUUCAAGAAGAUUCACCUCAAACCUCAUUAUGA